AUGGAGGUCCCCCCACCAUUCCCUAUCCUGAAGCUCCCAUUUGUUGCAUUGUGGAAUGUGAUAAGAAGUAUGGGAAUAAAAGAAACAGUCGACUUGUCAUUCACUUCGAAAAGACUGGUAACGAUCAUCAAGUCGAUACCUCUAGCAGAUCCUGAAAUUAUAUUAGCAGCACGACCUGAUGAACAACCGUCAUUUUUUCCUGAAGAAGCUUUGACAACGACGGAGGAUGUGCAGAAAAUGAUUGAUUACAUGGGCGGGAAACAAGGAUCAGAGAUGGGAAGUAAACAUUCCAGUGUUUUUGCUAAUUACAUUUGUGCUCUAUACCGAAAAGAUAUAUUUGCUCUCCAGAUAAAUGUGAAUACAUCUUCACCUGUACUCACUUCUCUUCUGGAAUGGAUGAAUGACCGACAGGCUGAUUUGAAUUCUUGUCUUAUUUAUGGGGAUUGCAAUUGCAACGAAAUAACUGAUCAGUUCUUCAAAAAAAGAGAAUUUUCCAUUCGUCAACUAUGCCUCAACCUGAAACUCUCACCUGAGAUAAAGCCAUUCAAUUUUGGAAUUUUGGAAAUGGAAGAGUUCGUUGUGCGAACAAUGGAUGUUACAGACCCAAUACCAAAUUGGAUUACUGUUGACAGUGUUUUAACAUCGAACUGUAUCAUAAUGUACAUUGGAGCUUCUCCGCUUACUGGCACCGACUUGAACCGGAUAAUCAAAGGAUGGAUUAAUGGGAAUAAUCCCAGAAUGGAAUUCUUUUACGUUGUAGUCAAACAGUUCAAUCUGCGAUCACUCCUGGAUGGAAUCGAAUUUGAGAAGAGGGAAACAACUGUCAAACGGAUUUACAUCCCAGAAGAUAAACAUUUCGAAUUCCAAAGACCGAUUACCAAAAGAACGAUCGUCGGAGGGUAUGACAUUCGCCGAAGCGACGGAACUGUUGCCACGUUUAAAGUACUUCACCGCCCACAGAAUCAAGGAGUGCUGUGGUUUGUGAUGGUAGUCUGGAAGAAAACAGUGGAUUCAUGA